AUGCAUCAACUGGUGCACACUGAAGUGCGAGAGCACCAGUGUCCGAGCUGCUCAAAGACAUUCAAAAGGCGAGGCGAAGCAGCUCGUUUUGCAAAGCCGACGCCCGCCAAACCGUGGACCGGCGUCUACAACGCCACUUCGCCCGGCCACAAUUGCGUCCAGUUUGGCGGCGGUGAGCUGAUACAGAACGUCACCUCCAGCGAGGACUGCCUCUACGUGAACGUGUGGAAGCCGGUGAUCAAUGGGCAUAAAAGCGGCAACGGAAGUACCACAACAGUGCCAACCACAACUCCAAAAUCAACUACUACCACCACCCUACUUCCGGUUAUGGUGUGGAUCUACGGAGGCGGCUUCGAAACGGGAGGCACCUUUGGCAAUCCCCCGCUCUACGAUGGGCGGUACAUUUCCGCGGUAGGCGAGAUCAUUGUCGUCUCCUUCAACUACCGCCUCGGACCGCUGGGCUUUCUAACGCUGGACAGUGCUGGGCACCUGGUCCCGCCUAAUUUGGGUUUUCACGAUCAGAUUCUGGCGCUCAAGUGGGUGCAAGAGAACGUGGCCGCCUUUGGCGGUGACCCAAAGCUGGUCACCAUCUUUGGCGAGUCGGCUGGAGCCAUUUCGGUUGGAGCUUUAGUUUUGUCCCCACUUGCAAAAGGUCUUUUCAAGCGAGCUAUCGCCCAGUCUGGAGCCCCUUUAAGUGUGGUGAUGGACACUCGAGAGCAGGCAUUGGCAAAGACAAAAGCGUUUGCACACAAGGUCAACUGUACAGCGGUGGUUGAUGCCGACCUGGUCAAGUGCCUGAAAGGCAAAUCAAUUGCUGAGCUGAAGCAGGCGACAUUCGGCGAUUUUUCGCAAAAUCACUUCUUUGUGCCGGUGCACGGCGAUGAGGUGCUCCCAGUGCCGCCGGCAGUGGCGCUGAAAGAGGGAAAGUUCAACCAUGUGGACUAUAUUUACGGGACAAACCGGGACGAGGGCACUCUAUUCAUACCGCAGUUUUUCCCUGAACUGGCCGGCACUGGCGUUCGCAUGACCACCAAGUCCACUAAAGA